AUGAAGAAUUACAUCUCAAGAAACUGCUUAUUAUCCAUCGCCAUCGUAGCUUGUUUUGUGCUCUCCACGUGCAGUGCACGUGAGGCUGAAGAAGAAGCAUCAAAGAAUUGGCAAUUUGGGUUGGAGUACCAUGUCCAUGUAAUCAAUGGAUUCAAGAAAAAUACAAAGCCAUUGAUGGUCCAUUGUUGGUCAAAGCAAGAUGAUAUUGGUCAACAUUCCCUUAACGUUGACCAAGAAAUUACUUGGCACUUCAAGGUUAGAUUUGACGGAACUACCCUUUUCAUUUGUGACGUUAAACAAGGUGAACACGCGAAGCACUUCGACGCUUUUGAUGCCCAAGUCGAGGGGUCGAAAUGUGCCGAGUUUGGCAAGUGUUAUUGGUUAGUCGCGGAAGGAGGUUUUUACUUCAGCACGGAUAACUUCACGUGGUUUAAGCAGUACGAUUGGUGA